UGCAGUGCGGUGCGGCGCGCGGGGUCACUGCCGGUCCGGUCCUUCCGUUCCCUUCCACAGCCGAGCAGAGACAAACCCAGACCCACCCCGCGCAUCCUCCAGCGGCUCUCCGGUUUCUCCUCCUCCUGUUUGAUUUCUCCGCCGGUUGAGUUUCCCGAGGCCACUUGCAUGCAUUGUUCGUCUCCCAAAAUGGUUUGCGAGACUAAAAUCGUAGCGGAAGACCCCGACGCCAUAGCUGGGAGCAAAAAAGAUUCCCUGAUCGUUUCCUCCGCGCAGAUGUGGCCGCCGGCCGACGCGUUUGAGCGGAAAGAGGCGAAACGGGAGCAGGUUCUAAUCCGCGACUUCGCGCGCGCCGAUAACGCAGAGGUGCGCCGCAUCUUCACCGAGGGCAUCAUGGAGCGCAUCCCCAACACCGCCUUCCGCGGACUCAAACACCAGCCGCACACGCAGCUCGUUUACGCUGUGCUCACAGUAAUGUGCUUUGUUAUGACCAAGUCCGUCAUGCUGACAUGCUGCACACCUUUCAUUCUAAUGGGAGCACGCUAUUACUAUAGCAGAAAAGUCAUCCUCGGCUACUUGGACUGCGCGCUCCACACAGAUAUGGCUGAUAUAGAGUCCUACUACAUGAAGCCUACAGGUUCUUGUUUCUGGGUGGCAGUGCUGGACGGUCAGGUGGUGGGUAUCGUGGCAGCACAGGGACGAGAAGACGACAACACGGUAGAACUGCGGCGCAUGUCUGUGGACUCUCGUUUCCGUGGGAAAGGCAUCGCCAAGGCGCUGGGACGACGGGUCCUAGAGUUCGCUAUGCUUAACAACUACUCGGCCGUGGUUCUGGGGACGACAGCAGUUAAGAUGGCUGCUCACAAGCUCUACGAAUCUUUGGGUUUUCAAAAGGUGGGCGAGACUGAGAACUACACUCUGCCCGGAAUGAGCCGCUCGCUGAUGGAAAGGCUGUUCUUCCAGAUCCGCUACAGCCGCUACCGGCUCCAGCUCCACGAAGAGUGAGUGUGCGAGAGUGAAGGAAAGUAUGAGUGGACGUAAGAAAGCGUGAGAGUAUGAACACCGACCACUACUCUUAAAUCACCUAAACCAA